GACAGUCAGAACUUCGCCAACAGAAAACAAGGAUCAGACCGAGAGAACCCAGCAUUAAAAGCUCUUCGGAUCCUGAGGGCCCAGCUUGGGAGGACUGGGAGACACACGCACAGCCCUGGAAGCUCCAUCAUGAUCCCACAAGUAGUGACCAAUGAGACUGUCACAGUGAUUUCACCAAAUGGAGUUAACUUUCCCCAAACAGACAAACCCCAGCCAACCCACCAGAUGCAAGACAACCUGAAGAAAUAUCUAAAGGCAGAGAUCAAAGUGAUUGCGGCGAUCCAGAUCAUGUGUGGUGUGAUGGUGCUGAGUCUGGGCAUCAUCUUGGCAUCUGCUCCACACACCGCACACUUUACCGCAGUGAUUUCUGUCCUGUUAAAUUCUGCCUACCCAUUUGUAGGAGCUGCGUGUUUUAUCAUCUCUGGAAUUCUGUCAGUCAUCGGGGAGACAAAGUCAACGAAGUUUUUGGUAGAGGGCAGCCUGAUUACGAACAUCCUGAGUAUUUUAUUUGCUUUCAUGGGCAUCGUUAUCCUCUCUGUCAGCCUGGCUGAUUUGCAUCCUGCCUCAGAGCAGUGUGAGCAGAGCAAACUUCUUAGACCAACCGAGCAUUAUUUCUACCGCCGUCCCCUCAACAACAACGACUGCUCUAGCACCGAGAAUGUUCUGACUGGAGUCCUUUCACUGAUGCUGAUCUUCAGUGUGUUGGAGCUUGGCCUGGCUAUGCUCGCUGCCAUGCUGUGGUGGAAAGAGGGUCACUCUGACUUCUCUCGGAAUGUGAUUUUCCUGUCUCGUAAUGCAAAUAAUGAAUCCGGCAUGGAAUCAAAGUCACUUUGUAACCCUGUAUAUGAGCAAAGAUUAGUUUCUUAAGAAUAAAAACAAAGUUGGAAAUACACAGCAGAGAGUUGAUCUUCAAGAUAAUCCAGAAAAUCAAACCGUCACAGGGCAGCAAUGCUUAAGCUUCCUAAAUAUAGUUGCUAAAAAUUGAUUAUCAAUAAUGUAUUGAAUAGGUGUGUUCAGUGACACACUUGAUUUUCAUGGCUUUGCCUUCAGCCAAAGCUCAGACCUACAAAUAGUGGCCAAAGAGCCCCAGAUAUUUCUUGGAAAAUUAACAGAAUGUUUCAGUCGGUCUGGCGGAACAAAGGGGCAACAUUUUCUUUUUUCCCUUCAAUUAACUACAAUAGCUACCCUAUGAUCUUUGAGUUGAAAAUUCCUGUGCUGGCAUGGGUCUUUCAUCAUAAAAAUUUUAUUCGUUAGUACGUAGAAUCAAGUGACCUACAAUGAAGUCUCAAGAACUGUACAUGUUAUUUCUUCCUA